AAAAGGGACAUGGGGACAUGGCUGGGGACAAAAGGGACAUGGGGACAUGGGGACAUGGCUGGGGACACGGGGACAUGGGGACAUGGGGACAUGGCUAGGGACAAAAGGGACAUGGGGGACAUGGGGACAUGGCCAUGGCUGGGGACACAGGGACAUUGGGGACAUCAGGGAUGUGGGGACAUGGCUGGAGACACAGGGGACAGCAGGGACAGCAGGGACAGCAGGGACAUGGAACAUGGUCUGUGGGGGACACUUGGGGACAUGAGGGACACGGGACAUGGCCAUGGCUGGGGGACACGGGGUUGCUCCUGCUCUCAGCCACACAUGCCACAAGUGACAGGGGACUCAGCCACAAGUGUCACCAGUGUCCCCAGCCUCAAUCCCUGGUGUCACAAGUGUCCCCAGCCUCAGCCACUGGUGCCAGGUCCAGCCCUGGCUCUGCCACCUGUGUCACAAAUGUCCCCAGACUCAGCCACUCGUGUCAUGAGUGUCCCCGAGCUGUCCCGGCCUCAGCCACAGGUGUCACCGAUGUCCCCAUGCUCAGUCUCCAGUGCCAGCCCCAGCCUCAGCCUCAGUCCCUGGUGUCACAAAUGUCCCCAGAGUCAUCUACUGGUGUCACAAGUGUCCCCAAGCUCAGCUGCUCAAGUCACAACUGUCCCCAGCCUCAGUCCUUGGUGUCACAAGUGUCCUCAACCUCAGCCACCAGUGUCACCUGUGUCUCCAGCCUCAUCAUCCACUGGUGUCACAGAUGUCCCCAGCCUCAUCCAUUGCUAUGGCCAAUGUCCCCAGCCUCAGUCCUUGGUGUCACAACCGUGCCCAGCCUCCUCCAUUGCUGUGACCAAUGUCCCCAGCCUCAGCCAGCGGUGUCACAGCUGUCCCCAGCCUCCUCCAUUGCUGUCACCGGUGUCCCCAGCCUCAGUGCUUGGUGUCACAACUGUCCCCAGCCUCCUCCAUUGCUGUCACCGGUGUCCCCAGCCCUGUCCCCGCUGUCGCGGCUCAGCCCCGGUGCCAGCCCAGCCCCCGGCCGUGACUCAUGUGACGCUCACGGGAUGUGACAGCGACCGAGCGGGGACCGAGCGGGGACCGAGGCGGCUGCUCCGGGUCCCCAACAGCGCGGGGGGGCUCGCACGGACCCCCCCCCAACCGGACACUGUCACCCCCCUUUGCAC